ACAAAGGGAGGGAGUCUUCCUUACAAACAGGUGUAACGUUCCUGUCGAAAGGCUGUCAUGCGCUUCAGGGGAGGGUCAAGACAACAGACAGGUUAGGAAACCUCCCUCUGUUAUCUUUGCAGGGUCCACCUUAAAAGGAAACAUGCACAAAGAAUUGGCAUUUCUCAUUCAGACUUUACCAAGCAACUGAAAAGACAUGAAGAAGUACGGCUGGAGUAGCUUUACUGAUCUGAUUUUGAAAAAUUCUGCUGCUGAGGAACAGGAUGCACACGUGGAUCCUGGGGAUGAGAAUCCAGAGCGCGGGAACUGGGCCAACAAGAGCGACUACAUUCUGUCAAUGAUCGGCUAUGCUGUUGGUUUGGGAAAUAUUUGGAGGUUUCCAUAUUUGGCCUACAAGAAUGGAGGGGGCGCCUUUCUAAUCCCCUACUUCACCAUGCUGGUGGUGGUUGGAAUUCCUCUGUUUUUCCUGGAAAGUGCGCUUGGUCAGUUCUGCAGCCAGGGGCCAAUCAAUGCGUGGAAAGCGGUGCCAAUCCUGCAGGGAGUUGGAAUUGCAGCAGUUGUGGUGACUCUUGUAGUGUCCAUUUACUACAAUGUCAUCAUCUGCUACAGCCUGUACUACAUGUUUGCCUCCAUGCAGUCUCCUCUGCCGUGGUCAGACUGCUUUAGCUGGGCAGACAGCAGCUGCAGCAACAUCAGUGCAGUGUUUUGCAAUGAAAGCAGUGUUUUGACAGCCAACUUGACUCAGGGAAACAACACCUGUGCUUCAUCCAACAUGUCAGUUUUGGUGCAGAGCCCGAGUGAGCAAUACUGGGAUCGUGUGGCUCUGCAGCGCUCCAGCAGUCUGGAUGAAACUGGACCUGUAGUUUGGCACUUGGCUCUCUGCCUGUUGCUGAGCUCGCUGUUGGUCGCAGCAGCACUCAUCAGAGGCAUCAAGUCAUCAGGAAAGGUUGUGUAUUUCACAGCAACAUUUCCUUAUGUGGUGAUUUUGAUCCUGCUGGUCAGAGGUCUGACACUAGAGGGCGCUAGAGAUGGGAUCGAGUUCUACAUUGGCUCCCAGUCCAAUCUGACAAAGCUGACUGAAGCAGAGGUGUGGAAAGAUGCUGCAACUCAGACCUUUUAUUCUCUUUCUAUUGGCUGGGGCGGACUCGUGACUCUUUCUUCAUAUAACAACUUUCAAAACAACGUGUUCAAAGACACGUUUGCUGUAACUCUUACUAAUGCUGGUACCAGCGUGCUCGCCGGCUUUGCUAUAUUUUCAAUACUGGGACACAUGGCUCACGUAUACAACAUACCUGUGGAAAACGUCGUAAAACAAGGAUUUGGUCUAGCCUUUAUUGCCUAUCCAGAUGCUCUUUCUAAGCUUCCCAUUUCUCCACUCUGGUCCAUUUUGUUCUUCGUCAUGCUUUUGACUGUUGGCCUGGACAGUCAGUUUGCAGGAAUAGAGGUUCUAACCACCUGUCUGGUUGAUGCGUUCCCAAGAUACUUCAAAUCCAAACGGGCCAUAGUGACAGUAGCUACAUGUUCCAUAUUAUAUCUGCUGGGCCUGCCAUGUGUCACCAGGGCAGGAAUAUACUGGGUGACUCUCAUUGAUCAGUUUGUUGCCACCUGGGUCUUGUUGUUUUUGGUCCUUUUGGAGAUAAUUGGUGUCGCCUUCAUAUAUGGGGGAAACCGUUUCAUUAAAGACAUUGAGAUGAUGCUUGGAAAAAAGUCGUUUGCUUUCUGGCUGUGGUGGAGAGCAUGCUGGUUCUGUAUCAGCCCGUGCAUCAUAUUGGUGAUCUUGGGAUGGUCAAUUGCAACAUUUUCUCCUCCUACCUAUGGAGAGGUGCAGUACCCAGGCUGGGGGUUAGCUCUGGGUUGGGCUAUGGUUGCCUUUGUAGUCAUCUGGAUCCCUUUUGUAGCUGUUUACAAUCUGACAAAGGCCAGAGGAAGCCCCUGGGAGGUGUGUAUACGUAGAAUCAAUCAGUACUCCAGAAAAUCCUUCAAAGUGAUGAUUUUUCUUCACACUCUUCAUUUUCAACAGCGUCUCAAGUCACUGUGUUCUCCAUCUGAGGAGUGGCAUCCCUACCUGGACAUCCAUCGAGGAGAACGCUACUCAGAGGAACGCUGUCAGAACAACAAGGAUUAUAGAAACCAUCAGGAGGUAGACGUCAAUGUCAUCUCCAGCUCAUGGCUGUGAUGUGUAUGUUAGCAUCUUCAGUUAUUUUUUUCCAUUUUGAAUUCAAAUUCUUCUUUUUGCAAACGCAACAGUUUGUGAGCUUUCAUUGGGACAGAGGGACCAUGUGCACACAGUAAACUGUAAAACAUUAAGAAUGUUAAAUGGCCUUUUCAAAAGAUGAUUUCUAACCGUGAACCAAUCCCUUUGAUAGUGUUUAACUCUUGAGCCGAACCAGCAGUUCAGGUGUGACCAAGGGGAGGAUCCGUGUUUACUUGAAUUAUACUAAUAUAAAUUUUUACACAUUUAGGUUUACUUUUUGAGUUUUUCGAAAAAAAAAAAGAAUAGUACACAAACCUAUAAAUUAAACAGUUAUAUUUAUAUCUUAAAUAAUAGAAAAAUAACGAUGAAGUGCACAUCAACUUCACUCUUGUGGUGUAAACUCUUUUUAAAGGGUUUUGUAUUUAUUUCAUUAAUCUACAGUAAUAUCCGUGCACCACUUUAAUUUGGAUGUUUUAUUUGUUUAUUAUUUUUUUCUGUGUUUAAGUUUAUUUCAAUAAAUUAAUGUUUUUUAUGUAGCUUAUUUGGAGGCCCUUGUCCACUCUGCUCGUUUUGCUUGGAAUAUGCUGCAGAAUUACUAGAAACAAACUGAACUGGUAUCUUUAAAUGUUUUCAAAACUUUAAGAGACUGCAACAAUAAUGUCCAACUGCUUCUCAUGAUUUGUAUGAUUUUAAUGAUGCUUGUUUAUAUCUAUUUUUUGUAUUUAAAUGUCUCUUGGCCAGGACUCCCUUGAGAAAAAGGUUUUUAAUCUCAAUGCGACUUUCCUGGUUAUAUUAAAAUUAAAAAAAUAAAAAGUAAUGGCACUGAUUGUCUCAGUUAGUGCUGGAAGUGUUUCGGAAUAAAAAAUAAAUUAAUUUCAGCUUCUAUGUUAAGUCUUUUUAUCUCUGUUUUGAUUUUUCUUUAAACAAGACUUACCCCAAUUUUCUACAAAUUUUCUGACUGCAAUAUUUAGAAAAAAUGGUCUGUAGGUCUGCAUUUGAGUUUUCAGCUUUUCUCACUGACUGAACUCCCCUCAUCAUGGUGAAAUCCUCUCAUUUUAAUUUAGCAAGUACUUUCCAGAGAACGUUUUGAACCUGUGAUGUCAGAGAAUGACAGACUGUAAAUGCAAGCAGCGUAGAGGUAGUGGUUGGGACACCAUUUACCCCCAGGAAUUCAAAAAUCCUGUCUCCUUGUAACUUUGAUGAAUUAAUAGAGUUAGAAUAUGUCAUUGUUAAUGAUCAUGAAUUUAAAAAUGUGGUAAAGAAGCAAAAA